AUGAAGACGCUCAUGCGUUUUCCUCUAUUUUUCAUUUGUGAAACGAGACUGGGGAUAAGACCCGGCAAAUAAUUAAAGUAAUGGGGAAUUCGAGAUCGCAGGUGCCCCGGAGGCAGAGAAAGAAAACUUAUUUGCUUUAUGUCAUCAAUCGUACGUGGAAUGGAUUGCGGGGGGACAGGGGGCAGCGGAAGACUGGUGAUAGUGAUAGGAAUUCAGAGGUAUCGUCGGGAUGCAGUGGAUGUGAGAGAUGUGAUUAUCAUCGGGGCUCACUUAUCUUCGAUAGCGAAUCGGAAAUGGCGCCAAACGCCGAGGAGGAAAUGCUGGCGGUGAAGCCCUGGAGUCUCCAGCCGGAUAAAGAACGUCUCCGACCACCUACGUACAACGCCGAGGACUACGCAAUUGCGCUGAGGCGAUGGGGAAGACGACCCAUGACAAGUGUUCAAGACUCCCAGGGCACUCUACCGUCCACAACGAGCUCUUCUUCGGGCUAUGUAUCAGGAAGUGGAGAGAUGACAUUGAGGCAAUUCACAUCAGUCAGUGAACUUCUCAAUAAACUCCGAGCCGAUCUCAGAUUAGCAUUUCCAAGUUUCGUCCAGGAAUUUUCGUCAGCUCCAGCCGACGGGAUAACUCUCCUCCUCGAGACCCUUCGGGGGGUUCAAUUGGUGCAGAGUACCCCCCCAUCGGGCCAAAAUGGCCCCAGAAUUGGCACCAGGAGGGCAGCCCUCGACGAGCUCGGGUGUGUUGAGUGCUUAGCGGCGUGCGCGGAUCGAUGUGCUGAUGCACCGCGACUCCUGGCACAAGCACAGCCCGGACUUCUCGCCCUGGCAGUUUGUCUUACCAGUAGUCUGAACCGGUCUCGGGUUCUGGCUCUUCAGCUAUUGACGAAGGUAUGCCAGACACCCAGCGGACACUCGGCGGUAUCUGAAGCGGUUUCGACCUUGAGAUUGAGAUACGGCGAGGGUGGAAGAUUCCGAUUCCUUGCCGGAGCCCUCCUAGCCCCGAGGGCAGCGAUAGCGCUGAGGGUGGCCGGAAUAUCCUUUCUCAAUGCCUUCUUAACAUCUGCCUCGCGUACACAAACAAGACUCUACAUCCAGGCUGAGGCGUGCGAGGCGGGUCUCGAGCCCCGGGUCCUCCAGGAGUGGCUGACGGAUGUCGACGGUCGCAGCGAGGACGCCCUGAUGGAUCUACUCAAGAAAGAAGUGCUCAAGUGGUCGCAAAAUUGUGUUGACGUCGAUGUUCUGCAGAAGCGACUGGCUCGAGCCGAAGAGACCUGCUCAAUGCUGAGUAACAAAGUCUCUCUGCUGCAGAAUCAGAUCGAAAAGCUUCAAAUGGAGAAGAGAAACGGCUACAACAUGGACGAUCGAAAGCUGAAGAUCAUGAAGAACGACAAGAAGACUCAGCGAUUGUCAUCGAACGGUGAGGACGAGGGGAUAAGCUCCUCCGAGAGAUCCAGCAGCCCCGAGGACCUCCACCAGCCCAAGACGAUCGACAACGACAACGACAAGGAAACAACGAUCGACGACGUUAUCGAAGAGCUGAGAAUAAUCGUCAAAGACGCCGAGGAGCAGGACCGAAUGGACCACAAGAGCCGAAAAGACCCCAGUCAGAAAGCCAAAUUAAUCAAGAUGAAGAGCAAAUCGAAAGCCGUGAAAGACCUCCUAUCGAACAUCGACACUAAAGAGAUUCCUGUGAGUUACUACGUCCGCGAUGAGCAACAAAUUCUCAACGAUCAAGCCCAGUAUCCCUCGGGCGUCGACGGCGGGAGCUUGAAGAUCGUUGUCAAGGGCCCCGAUGUCGAGGAAGCGAUAGUCCCGGCGAUAUUGUAUCCCCAACCACCCAGGAGGAGUCCUCCGUGUCUCUCGACGAUCCUCGCGACGAGGCAGGAAGACUUUUUGGAGCAUCCGGCUGUCUACAAUCUUCAGGACGACGAGGACGGCGAGGAGGAGACCCUCGGCGACGGCAGCGAUUCCCUUCUGAGCGCUUCCAGGCUCAAGUACAACAGCAAGAAUCAGGAGAACGUGCAGGGGUUGUACCCGGGCAAGAGCGGAAUUCAGGCGAAGGGGUUCAGCCAACAGGAGGAGGAGAAUAACGACAGCAAGUGCAAGAAGACGAUCAGAAAUUUCGACGCCUCUCUCAAGAAUGGCCAGGAUAGCUGUCUCAUGUCGAAACACCUGGAUGUUUACCAUCACUUCGAGCCCGCGACGAAGACCAGUAGUUCGAGGUACAGGACGAGGGAUCCCGAGAGGAAGAAGCUCCUCAGAAGAUCCGUCUCUCACGAUAUCUUGAGCUCGGAACACUCGAGCCCUCUGUCGCGACGCUCUGGAAGUAAAGUAGAGGGCAGAAUACGGAAGUUUGAGAGUAUGAAUUCGUUCGAUAACACGAGUUUGAAGAACUUCUCCCGCAAUUUGGCCGGUGGCAGUAGCCAGAGGAAAUCAAAUCCCGAGAAUUGUCGGAAGAUCCGGCGAUCGGAGUCCUGUCAUCACGUUUAUAAUCCCGUGAGAAGGGACAGCCGAGCUGGGAGUGACAGUGGUCUUCAUUACAUCACAGAUUUCGAUCUCGAGCCUGUGAUGACGAUGAGAAAGCCUGAGCUGGCGGAGGGGGAGAAUCAGAUGACUAAGUCCUUGGACAGGAUAGACGAGGGACUGGACACGAUGGUGGACAUUGUUAUCGGGGAAUCUCAGCGGUGGACGCAGGGGCGGGUAGCGAGCGAGAGGAAUUCCAAGGGUUCGAGAUCUUGUGAUAAGGGAAAGGGGAGGCAAACGAACUCGGGGAAAAGAGGGACAGGCAAGGAGCAGGGGGUAAAGGGUAACGAGGGCAAGCACGGACAUCUGAAGAGUGAUCAGCUCUACGGGGAAUUUCAUCCAUCGGGCGCUCUGAGGAAUGAUGAGCUGUACAAGGAGAGGGCUCGGUGGAGUGCCGAGGGGGCCAGUCAUGAGAUGACGUCUUUCGAGAAAAUUCAUAACUUUGCGAAUAAUAAUGGGCCGCUUAUCACGUCGUUCUAUCAGGAGAGGGGGAUGAGCAAGUUCUCUGUGAAUGAGGCGGGUAUUUUUCUGCCCGCUGGGAGACCUUACGACGCUUUUGGACUGGGGAAGAAUCGGUUCAACGCGGGAAAGUACUCGGGAAAUCCAACGGUCGACGAGGGGCUGGGGGGCAGGAGAAACUCGGGGAGCUCGGCUGUUAAGAGGGGAAAAGUCACGGAUAUUAUUUCGGGUUUGUACUGAGGAGAAUUAACGAGUUAAUUGGUAGAUUGGUUGAGGAGUAAGUCGUGAUUGGUCAAUACUCCCUUACAUCGUUUCAUAUUUUUGGGAAGUAACGAUUGACGAUGUUCAGGAGAGAAGUAGAGUAUUCGAAAAAUGCAGCCAAUUUCGUGAAUUUUUUUUCGCGUAUUGUUUAAUCCAUUUAGGCCCCCCUUGCCAAAUUUCAGAAAUCCCGGGUUCGGGACAACAACGAAAAUAAAUUCUAAAGUUGCUUCGUAUACAUGAGGUUAAAGGGAGCAUCGAUAACUCGUACAUUUUCCCUACAUUAUCGACCAGUCGGCAAUGUGGAAAAAAUACUUAAAUUAUCGCUGACUCAUUCAAUCUCGUGUACAAGCAACAACUUUAAAAUUCAUUUUUGUUGUUGUCCUGAACCUGGGGUGUCUGAAAUUUUGCAAGGGGUAUCUCAAUGGACUAAAUAAUAUGUCAAAGAAGUUUCAUAAAGUUGGCUGCAUUUUUCGAGUAUCCUACUCCCCGCAAAACAUCGUUAAAGUCCGAUAUUAUAAUAAUUUAAUAAUGAAUUCAGUGGCGGAGCAAAUAUCUCGGAAUCUAAGGGAGAUGGCAAAAUUUUUGUCAGGACCUUAUUUGUAGGGCGAAUCGAGGGCUGCAAAAAAGGUCAUCACGAAAAUUUCGGUAUCUCCCUUAAAUGCGGAGAUAUUCUCGAAAAACUCAGCUACGGCCUAAAUCGACUUGAAACAUUUUACCACUUCGCUAUUGAAUUAAAAAAUAUUGAAUAUUUCUCGGGUACGUGGGUGGGUAAGUGUAGGUGAUGGAUGGACUUAUACGGUUGGAUAAGGAAAUUACAAUUUCAGUAUGUAAAACACAUUAUACGAAAUCCUUGUUUGGAAGCACAGAAAACAGGAAUUUUUACGUACAUGUAUAAAGUGGUACAGCGAUGAAUGAAUUUGUAACGUCUCAUUGCUUUAGUAUUUAUUUCUUACAAAGAAAAGUGCAAUAUUUAAAUGCUGGUUGAGAUGAAGAGAGAGAAUGCGCACGAGAACGCAAUAAGGAAGAAACAUUUACAAAAACACAAGGAUAUAAAUACUGUAAUUGAUAAUCUGUGACAGAAAUAUAUAUGACAAAAA